AUGACACAUUCUCAAUUUUCGUUAACAUGGGAUUCUCAUAAAACUAAUAUUUGUGGGGGAUUUUGUGCUUUGCAACAGAAUGGAGAAUUUGUUGACAUGACUUUGGCAGCAGAUGGGCAUUUUGUUAAAGUGCACCAAGUUAUGAUAGCCCUUUCCAGCCCAUAUUUGAAGGAGUUAAUUACUUCAGUGCCUUCCACACAUCCAGUCAUAUUCCUCAAUAAUGUCUCUCAUUCUAUUCUUACAUUGUUACUGGAAUAUAUAUACACAGGAGAGGUAAUGGUUCCACCAGCAAGCUUAACAGCCUUUAUGGAUGCUGGAAAAUCACUUCAAAUUAAAGGUCUUGAAACUAUUCAAAAUGAAAAAAUUUCAAAAGCUCAGACUAGUGAACCUAGCUAUGAUACUCCGGGUUCUGCAAAACGAAUGAAAACUGAACAUUUUGUACAACAGGUCUCAAGGUUGCCUAUCAUAAACAGAAAUCUAUCUAUAAAACCAGAAAGCAAUUUAAGUCCAGCUCCAGGGAAAAUUAAUAUAAAUAAUUCAAUGAAUAGAGAUGACGAUAAUGAUUAUUCCAUGGGAUUUGAAACACAUGAAGAUUCCGUGUGUGAGGAUGCACAAGAAGUUAAUAAACCUAAUGAUAUUGAAGUUAAAUCAUCGAAUCUACAAUUCACUGUGUCGAUUCGGGGCGCUUUGCAAGUUAUCUUGAACAGGUAUAUUUAUAAUCUACAAUCGACACAAAACUCGGGCGUGAAGCGAUGGCGGUGCAUAGACUACAGAAACAUCAAGUGCAUGGCUUCCCUUGUCACGAAGGACAAUGUUGUGUUAAAUAGAUCGAAUCCCCACAAUCACAGUUUCCAUGACAAGAAAAUACUUCAAAAGAUCGAGAAAAACUCUGUUUACUCAGCCCUGUAUGAAUUAGAAGCACAACAAGAGAAAGAAAGAGUAAAACAGGACGAAGAGGAAGAAGAAAAUAUAGAGUUUAUAACUAGUGAAAUUGUUGGAGAUCUGCCCGAUUUAGCAGACGUUUCAAAAAACAAUUAG